GGAGGGAGGGUGAGUGAGCCACGUCAGGUUCUACCAUUUGCUAAGUUGCUUUCACCAUGGAGCCCCAAUGCUCUGACUGUGAUUCCGGCCCUUUCGAAUUCUAUCACCGCUACACCGGAAAUGCAAGAAGACGGAAUAACGAUCUAACGGUGGAGGCGAACCGAGAAGUGUUUCGAAGCAAGUGUCAUUUUAUCUGUGUCGGGGCGGCCGCCAUUCUGUGUCUGACCGGCGCCAAAGGACGCAGGAUGGCAGGGCACCGACACAGAAUGGCGUGGAGGACGAAGGCGCAGCGCUGCGUCACUUACCCCCAAGAACACGUAAUAUUUCUUCAGGGGGGCACUCAGGUGACGCCCUUUCUAUUGAAGGGCCAGACGCUCCAGCUGGACUAGGAAGUUACGCAGUCAGCACUUCGCCUGUGGGAAUUGGAUACAUUCA